GAGAUUGGGAUCUACGUCACUGGGGCCCUCGCCUUGCUGGGGGUUGCUGCUGUGAACCUGUGGAAGCUCUGCAAGUCGGGCAGCUUCCCCAUCCCAUCUCCGUUCCCAAACUACGACUACCGGUACCUGCAGAAGAAGUACGGAGUGACCUAUUCUGAAGCCAGGCAGAAGAGAACCAUGGCCUGGAGCAGCCGCAAGGGUAGCGAGCGCGGGUCUCCGAGCCGCAAGGACAGCCUGCGCAUGGAUGACGCUUUCGAGAGCAUCAGGGAGCUGGACCUCCCCGCCGAGGGGGCCCUCAAGAAGUCCCUGUCGGCUGACUCGCUCAACUCCAUCUCCUCGGUGAACAACAGCUUCGGCCAGGACUUCGUGCUGGGCCAGGUGGAGGUGAGCAUCCACUACGAGCCCAGCAACCGCAUGCUGCGCGUCGUGGUGCUCCAGGGCAAGGACCUGCUGGAGAAGGAAGACCCCGCCUUUGACUCCUGCUUCCUGCGUGUCAGCCUGGUGCCCGAGGAGCAGAUCGUGGGCAUCUCCCGGAUCCAGAGAACCGCAUACUCCAUCUUCUUCGAUGAGAAGUUUGUCAUCAGCGUGGACCCCUCGGUGCUGGAGGAAAGCAGCCUGCGCUUUUCCGUCUACGGCAUCGACGACGAUGACCGCAACGUCAUGACCGGCGUGGUCGACCUGAAGCUGUCUGUCCUGGAGCUGCCCCUGCAGCCCUUCUGUGGCUGGCUCUAUCUGCAAGACGUGAACAAGGCCUCAGAUUCCGUGGGGGAGAUCCUGCUGUCCCUCAGCUACCUGCCCACCGCCGAGCGGCUCACGGUGGUAGUGGUGAAGGCCAAGAACCUUGUCUGGACCAACGAAAAGGCGACCGCCGACCCCUUCGUCAAGGUGUACCUGCUGCAAGAUGGGAGGAAGAUAAGCAAGAAGAAAACCGCUGUGAAGAGGGACGACGCUCACCCCGUGUUCAACGAGGCCAUGAUCUUCUCCGUGCCGGCCAUCGUGCUACAGGACCUGUCCCUGAGGGUGACAGUGGCCGAGUGCUGCAGCGACGGGCGGGCUGAAAACAUCGGCCACGUCAUCAUCGGCCCACUGGCCAGUGGCAUGGGCAUCACCCACUGGAACCAGAUGCUGGCCACCCUGCGCAAGCCCGUGUCCAUGUGGCACCCCGUCCGGCGAAACUAGAGCCCCGCUGUUGCAGCUGGGGGCCACGUGCCGGCGACCCCUGCCCGGAACCCCCUACCCCGGUUCCGGCCCGGACUCUGCUCUCUCCCUGCUCCUUUCCCCACAUUCCCAGCCGCGUGAAAGGGGAACAUGGCUCGGCCGGACUGUGCCCUUCUCUGCCCCGCCCCCGUCCCCCUGCCCACCCCGCAGCGAGGACUCGUCCAGUCACCACCACCCCCCCCUUAGAGAGAAGAAGGAACACCCCCACUGGCCUGGAUCGGGGUGACCCCCCCCGCCAGCUGUGGGCACAAGCCCUCAGAAGGUGGGGGCACAAGGUGCCAGACUGGGCGCCAAGGGCCACCCACAGGCAGUUUUACCACGGGCCCUGGGUGGGCGGCUCCUGGGUCCUGGAGUGGAGGCAGAAGUGACCCUCGGGAACCCCCCAGCCAGCCCAGGGGGACAGAAGUGGAGGUUGGGCCCUACCUCCUCCAGAACGCUCCUCAGUGAAAGCCUCCUCCUCCUGGGGCAGCGUUAGGCUGGGGGCUGGACCUGCUCCGGCAGGAUGCCUGGCUCUAGAACAGAGGGAAAACACCCGAGAAUUCACCCCCUGCUCUCAAAGGGCACAGAGGGGGCUGCAGGCCUAGGGUCCCCACUUUGUCAGAGAGAAGGGCUCAUGGGACAAGGAAACAGCCAACAACCCCACGACUGCCUCUUGGGUGAGCCCCUUUCUAAGGGGAAAUCAGUCAGAUAACUGGGAGCGGGGGUCACUAAGUAAGCCCUACUGUGCGCCCAGUGCUAAGAGUGGGUGACCCAGCGCCCUUCCGGGGGCGCUCACAGUUUUGGUUGGAGAUCCUAAACACCACGAGGGACUGCACAGGCUGCAAGGAGAAAGGUCAAUCCAGACCACAAUGGUCAAGGAACACUUCCGGGGGGGGGUCCCACCUCCCUGUAGAGGGGCAGUAAGCUGGGCCGAAGAGUGGGGGGUUGGGCAGGGCAGGAAGGGGCUCUGUUGGGAGCUCUCGUGGUCUCUGGUAACUGGCUUUGUGAGCACGAGGUAGGACCUGGGCAGUGCAGACAGAGGCAGUAGUGGGAGGGAGCGUCCUGUUGGGGGGGGGGGGCGGGGAAUUACGGCCCUCCUUCAGAGGAAGAUGCUGGAUUCUGUGAAGGAACUCGCUCUGGGGCUCAUCUCUGAACCUAGAAAACUGAAUGGCCCCUAAUCUAGUCACGAGGAUGCGGACUCUCAGCCACGCUCUCGAGCGCUGCUGAAAGGACCUGACCGGCUGAGGGGCCUGGCUGGGCCCCUGUCCCACCCGGGCAUCUUGCUAUGGAGCCACUCCAAGAAACCAUCUACAGGUGGACGGGGCAGGAUCGGAGAACAAGAAAUAUUAGGGAGGGACUUAGAACCGAGACACGGGACGUCGGAGCCAGGUCAGGGAGGGAUCUUAGAAGAGAGAACAUGGGACGUCGGAGCCAGGUCAGGGAGGGACCUUAGAACCAAGACAUGGGACGUCGGAGCCAGGUCAGGGAGGGACCUUAGAACCAAGACAUGGGAUGUCAGAGCCAGGUCAGGGAGGGACCUUAGAAGAGAGAACAUGGGACGUCGGAGCCAGGUCAGGGAGGGACCUUAGAACCAAGACAUGGGACGUCGGAGCCAGGUCAGGGAGGGACCUUAGAAGAGAGAACAUGGGACAUCGGAGCCAGGUCAGAGAGGGACCUUAGAACUGAGACAUGGGAUGUUGGAGCCAGGUCAGGGAGGGACCUUAGAAGAGAGAACACAGGAUGUUGGAGCUAGAGGAGCCCAGUAGCAUCUAACCCCUUUAGUGGACAGAGUGCAGGACUAAGACCUGGGAAAGGAAAGGGACUCUUGCCUACUCCGAGACCUCUCAGAACAGCUCCCUGUAAUUGUUCCUCCAUAGCAAGCAGCGGUGAGGGUGGCUGGGGGAGCCCACUAACUCAAGUUCCUUGUUAUCUCAAGACCACACUAGCUCCUCCCAGCCCCGGCUCAGUCAUGGUUCCUUAGCUAGAAGCCCCCAAAGAUCUCCGGGUCUUUGGAACUCCUCUCACAUCAUCAUUUCCAAGGCCUCCCCUAUGCCCAGGUUAGGUGUAUCGGUCCCCCCAAAAAACACACAAAUCCAACCCCCCUCCCCCCGUUAAAAAUAGCCACCUUGUGUGACAAAAAAAAAAAAAAAAAAAAAAAAA